GUGGCCGCUCCGGCCGCUUCUCGAUUGUUUUACCGCGGGGAGGGCGGGGCCGUGGCGUCAGGGGCCACCCCUUAUCACGUGACCGCGCUCCCUCCCGGUGACGUCACGAGGUUUGCGGAAGUGCGCGGGAGAGACCGGGAGACGCGGAAGGAUCGAGGCGUCGCCAUCACCAUGGACCUGCUGUUCGGGCGCCGGAAGACGCCGGAGGAGCUGCUGCGGCAGAACCAGCGGGCGCUGACCCGCGCCAUGCGGGAGCUCGACCGCGAGCGCCAGAAGCUCGAGGCGCAGGAGAAGAAGAUCAUCGUUGACAUCAAGAAGAUGGCCAAGCAGGGUCAGAUGGACGCGGUGAAGAUUAUGGCGAAGGACCUGGUGCGGACACGGCGCUACGUGAAGAAGUUCAUCACCAUGAGGGCCAACGUCCAGGCCGUGUCCCUCAAGAUCCAGACCCUCAAAUCCAACAACUCCAUGGCCCAGGCCAUGAAGGGUGUCACCAAGGCCAUGGCCACCAUGAACCGACAGCUGAAGCUGCCCCAGAUCCAGAAGAUCAUGAUGGAGUUCGAGAAGCAGGCGGAGAUCAUGGACAUGAAGGAGGAGCUGAUGAAUGACGCCAUCGAUGACGCCAUGGGGGACGAGGACGAUGAGGAGGAGAGCGACGCGGUGGUGUCGCAGGUGCUGGACGAGCUGGGGCUGAACCUCACCGACGAGCUGGCCACCCUGCCCCCACCGGGGGGGUCACUGGCAGCGGGGGAGGGGCGGGCGCCAGAGGCCGCGGCUGCGCUGGCCGAUGCCGACGCCGACCUGGAGGAACGGCUCAAGAACCUGCGCCGGGACUGACCCCUGACCUCUGACCUCUGACCCCCACCGGACCCCGACGACCCCAGGGUUGACAUCAACGACAUUUGAUCCCACGACUACCCCUCCCCCUCCCCGCCGGUGACCUCCGACCCCUUUGCGACCUGCAGUCACCUCCUUGACCCCUGCGGUGACCUUUAACCUUGACCGGCAGCGAUCCGGCGUGACCUCGUGGUGACUCGUGCCCCUAGGGCUGACCCUUGACCUCCAACCUUGACCCUCCCCAGGCUGGGGGGGCUCUCAGACACACUACAGGACCUCGGCUCUCCCCGGGGGCUACUUGCCCCCCCUCCGGGGCUACUUGCCCCCCUCUUCUGGGACAUUUGCCCCCCCCCCCCCCGUGGGUUAUUUGCCCCCCCCGUGGGUUAUUUGCCCCUCUCUUCUGGGGUACCCCCCCCGGGGGUAUUUUCCCCCUUUAUCUGGAUUAUUUAUCCCCCCCCCCCCGAAUUAUUUGCCUCCUGUGAGUUAUUUGACAACCCCCCCAUGGGUUAUUUGCCCCCCUGUGGGUUAUUUGCCCCCCUCUUCUGAGGUAACCCCCCCUGGGGGGUAUUUUCCCCCUUUAUCUGGGUUAUUGACUCUCUCUUGGCUUAUUUGCCCCCCCUCUUCUGGGGUAACCCCCCCCGGGGGUAUUUUCCCCCUUUAUCAGGGUUAUUUACCCCCCCGUGGGUUAUUUGCCCCCCCCCCCCCGGGUUAUUUGCCUCCCUCUUCUGGCUUAUUGACUCUCUUUUGGGGUUCCCCCCCUGGGGUAUUUGCCCCCCCCAGGGUGUUUCCCCCCUCCUUUGCAUUAUUUGCCCCUUCUUGGGGUAUUUGCACUCCCCCCCGGGGGUAUUUGCCCCUUUUGGGGGUAUUUCCCCCCCCCGGGGGCAGUUAAAUUGGGGCAAUAAAGGCCACACGUUGGUACCUGCUGCCUCCCCCUGGCUGCUUCCUGGGGGGGGGGGCGCCCAGUGCCUCCCAGUAUGAGACUGGGAGCAC